CCCCAUCGCCAGCAUCACGAUUUUCGGUGACGGUCACAAAAUUGCAGGUGGGGGUGGCAGGGGUAUGUUCUGCUACCACUGCCCAUCUGCUUUGCAUCCUGGAGCUCCACAACCUAGAUUGCCUACGUUAGAAUAUCCAUUUACCCCGACGCACCCCUAUACAAGUUACUCUUAUCAUCCAGCAAUUCACGAUGACACUUUUGUUCGAAGGAAGCAAAGAAGAAAUAGAACUACUUUUACUCUUCAGCAGCUAGAAGAGCUGGAGAGUGCCUUUGCUCAAACCCACUAUCCAGAUGUCUUCACGCGGGAAGAUUUAGCUAUGAAGAUAAAUUUGACAGAAGCUAGAGUUCAGGAGAAGUAG